AUGGCUAGUUGGUUUGAAAGUCUUAUCGAUAGAAAACGUUGGACAAAUGCAUGGGAUAGUGUAAUCGAUCUGUAUGCUUUACAGAUAACUUUCAAUACAUCUGAUAGUUCGAUUGUGAAACAAUCCGAUAACAAUAUUGAUUAUCAUCCUAUAUUUCAUAUUAAAUCUGAUGAAUACAAAAAUGCACAUGAAUAUUGGAAUGGAGAUAUAAUCGAUUCAAGUGUCUAA